UCUUGGGGACGAGACAUUCAACAACAUCGUGAAACUUCGCGCGAGACAAUCACCAACAAAAAAACUGGUUUCAAAAAGAUUUCUUCGGAUUUUCAACUGCUCAAAACCAGAAGACAAGAUUUGUGAUGGAUUUCUCUUUCUAACUUGUGUGUUUUGGUGAUGCAAAAAGCCUAGUGCUCUCACUCGACUCACUCCGAUUCUUCUCUCUCUCUCUCUCUCUCCCCUUUUAGGGUUUUCAAUUCAACUAUUUCAACCAUCGACGAUUACUUAGGGAUCGUCUGCUUCUAAAUCGGUAACUCAUUGAUAGGUUUGCUGACCGAUAAUUGGGUUCUCAAUGUUCUUGGAACAAGGAGGAAAGAUAAGAGCGGCCUUGCGUUACUUUUCAUUGUAGCUGAGCGCCAAUUAGAAGUAAGUGUUAGUCGACUAGCACCGAUGGAUUUUGCGAAGCGCUGGUGUAGUAAAUUACUGCCAAAAGAUAAGCCUAAAUCUUCACAGAAAAGGGAAGUUAAAAGUAAUGGAAAGGAAGGUUUAAGAGUAACAAAUGAAGAGGCACCCUCAAACGCCACUAAGCAGAAGGUUGAAGCUGCCAAACAAUAUAUAGAGAAGCACUACAAGGAGCAAAUGAAGAAUCUGAAUGAGCGAAGGGAACGGCGCAACGUUCUUGAGAAGAAAUUGGCUGAUUCCGAGGUCUCUGAAGAAGAACAGAACAAUCUACUUAAACAUCUAGAGAAGAAGGAAACAGAAUAUAUGCGCCUUCAGAGGCAUAAAAUGGGCGCUGAUGACUUUGAGCCAUUGACAAUGAUAGGAAAGGGUGCAUUCGGAGAGGUUAGAAUAUGCAGGGAGAAGACAACUGGCAAUGUGUAUGCAAUGAAAAAACUUAAGAAGUCUGAAAUGCUUCGUAGAGGCCAGGUUGAACAUGUCAAAGCAGAAAGGAACCUACUUGCAGAAGUUGAUAGCAAUUGCAUUGUUAAGCUCUAUUGUUCAUUUCAAGAUGAAGAAUAUCUCUACCUUAUAAUGGAAUAUCUACCUGGUGGAGAUAUGAUGACUCUACUAAUGCGAAAGGAUACAUUGACUGAAGAUGAAGCUAGAUUUUAUGUGGGCGAAACUGUUCUGGCAAUUGAGUCCAUUCACAAACAUAAUUAUAUUCAUAGGGAUAUUAAACCUGACAACUUGCUGCUUGAUAAAUUUGGGCACAUGAAAUUGUCAGAUUUUGGAUUAUGUAAACCAUUAGACUGCACUAAUCUUCAGGAAAAGGAUUUUUCUGGGGCAAAUAACCUAAGCGGGGCUCUUCAAAGUGAUGGGCGUCCUGCAGUACCUAAGCGCACUCAACAGGAGCAACUGCAGCAUUGGCAGAGGAAUAGGAGGAUGCUUGCAUAUUCUACUGUUGGUACACCUGAUUAUAUUGCUCCUGAAGUUUUGCUGAAGAAAGGAUAUGGAAUGGAAUGUGACUGGUGGUCUCUUGGGGCUAUCAUGUAUGAAAUGCUUGUGGGUUACCCACCCUUCUAUUCAGACGAGCCCAUGUCUACUUGUAGAAAGAUAGUGAACUGGAGAACGCAUUUAAAAUUUCCCGAAGAGGCAAGGCUGUCUCCAGAGGCAAAAGAUCUUAUCUGUAAGCUUCUAUGCAAUGUUGAAAAGAGGCUUGGGACCAAAGGUGCUCAUGAAAUAAAGGCACACUCAUGGUUCAAGGGCAUAGAAUGGGAAAAGUUGUAUCAAAUUGAAGCUGCAUUUAUUCCAGAAGUAAAUGACGAGCUGGAUACUCAAAAUUUUGAGAAGUUUGAAGAGGGUGACAACCAAAUUCCUUCUUCAGCAAAAUCAGGCCCUUGGAGAAAGAUGCUGUCUUCUAAGGAUGUCAACUUUAUGGGGUACACAUAUAAGAACUUCGAAAUCGUAAAUGAGCAUGAAGUUCCUGGAAUUGCUGAGUUGAAGAAGAAGAGUUCAAAGCCUAAAAGGCCGACAGUGAAGUCACUUUUUAAAGAAGAAACAGAUUCUACUUCCUCUCAACAAACUCAAGGAAGCUUUCUUAACCUUCUGCCCCGCCAACUAGAAGUCUCGAAGAAAGAUGAGUCUACAUGAAUCUUGUUUACUGAUAACGGUCACAUAGCCAUAGUUAAAAUCAAUCAAUCAAUCGAUCAAAAGCAAUGUGUUCCUUGCAACUGGGCAGCUUUUCGUUACGUGUGGGUAAAUACAGAUGGAUUUGCAGUUUGUUCAUUUUGCAGACGAAAACGAUAUUGUUUGAUAUUAUGAUGGAUGAGGGGUGGGUUUGGAGAUUUCUUUUCGGGUUUGGGGGUCUCUUGUAAAUUGGUUUCUUGGAUUGUGUAUAUCUGUUUUUUAGUCUUGUAAUUGGUGUGUAACUUAUCCAAUUGUCAAAGUAACAUUUAUGGAACCUUAUUGUUCUUGUAACUGAUUUCACAUUACAGGGUUGAAGUAACAACUUUUGUUUUGUCAA